AUGCAAAGGCUUCGAGUACAGAAGCAGAACGCUCUCAGGCCCAUAGUGGCAGCAACAGGACCCAUCUUGAGGUCAAAAUUGGCCAAAGAGGCCGCCAAGGCAGCUAAGGUGGCCACGAAACUGACCACCGCUGCUCUUUCGAUGUCUCCCACAAAGAAUAUGAAGUAUGAUGAAAUCAUGGUGCUCUCAGCGAAAGAGACCAGGAAAAGACAGAAGAAGCUAUUCAAAGACCACGGCGUGCAGCUAUACAAGAACUUUUUUCUUCCUGCUGCUCAGGUUCCUCUUUGGGUAUGCAUGUCGUUGACAUUCCGAAACUUGAGCGGAUGGUCGACGUGGGACAGUCUUGCAAACAAACCACUAGACCCCACACUUUAUAACGAGGGAGCGCUCUGGUUUAAUGAUCUCACAUCUCUCGACCCUUUGCAUGCAUUUCCUAUUGCCAUAGGUAUAGUGGCUUUGCUCAACGUAGAGUGGACUUUCAAGACGUUUCAGAUGAUGAAGCCGCCAGGGCGCAAGCGGGCAUCUCGACCCACCAUCUUCGACUCCUUGGGCAACUUGUCUCGAAUGGGUGUUGUGUUUCUUAUGGCCAUCUCCUUGCACGCUCCCACGGCACUUACGCUAUACUGGCUCAGCUCACAAAUAUUUUCGUUGAUUCAAAACGUUUUAUUGGAUCUUGUUUUCCCAUUGAACUACACUCCAUAUAAGCGUGUGGACUUCAAGCAGCUGAAAUCCCCCACCGCCAAGCUGGUGAUUCUGUAA